AUGAAGCCCCAAGUCCUUUUCAUCGGUGACCUUAACACAGACCUUCCUGAGUACGCUGCCUUCGCUCAGAAGUACGAAUGCCUCCAGUACCGCAUCUCCACAGUGGAGGACCUCGUGGACGCCUUUUCCACCAAGUUCAACAACAUCCAGGCCAUUUAUGGCGCCUGGUUGGGGUUCGUUCCGUUUGGCGGCUUCAAGGACCAAAUUUUGGCAGCAGCUCCAGACUCGUUGAAGGUGGUGGCGAUCUGCUCCGUGGGCCACGAUGCGUACGAUGGAGCUGCCAUGGCGGCUAGAGGCGUGGUGUUGACCAAUGUGCCCUCAACAGGAGCCGCUGAGCCUGUAGCAGAUUUGGUGUUGUACAACGCCUUGCUGAGCUUCAGACAGUUCCACGUCUAUCCAUCGCAUUUGACGCCCAGCAACAACCACACCGUGAAGGUCAGAGCCCAGUUGGCGGCUGGCAGCUUCGACAGCGCUAGCGGCACUGCUGGCCGCAGCGACAACUUUGGCUACCACUACGGCCACUACAUCAACGAGAGACCAUUGUUGUCACCUCGCGGCCACUCUGCGCUCGUGGUCGGCUUUGGUAACAUUGGCCAGACCAUUGGCAGCCGUUUGGCGCAAAUCGGCAUGGACGUUCACUACGUCAAAAGAACGCCUUUGACACCUGCCCAGGAAGCUGCUUUGGGCUAUAAGGCCCACUACCAUGCGUCAGUGCUUGACGCCAAGGACCACGCCGACUUAGUGGUCAUAGCCUGUCCUGCCACCCCGGAAACGAGACACUUGAUCAACAAGGAGGUGAUCGACGCGAUUGCCAGACCAUUCAGGCUCAUCAACAUCGGCAGAGGCGUCAUCGUGGACGAAGACGCGCUCGUGGCAGGGUUGAAGGCUGGAAAGGUGUUGUUUGCCGGGUUGGACGUGUACGAAAACGAGCCCGUAGUCCACCCUGAGUUGUUCGGCAGACAGGACGUGAUUUUGACACCCCACAUCGGGGCGUCCACGGUGGAGAACUUCGACUACACCGCGGUGCAGGCGUUGAAGAACAUCGACGACGUGUUGCUGGGCGGUGCUGGGCUCACCCGGGUGAAUUAA